AUGCUGUGUUCCUUGACCUUGUCCAUCUCGCUGUUUCUGGCGCAGGUGUAUGCCCAGUACAGCACAGGCAACGGCACCAGCAAUGGCACACAGCCUCUGUACAAAGAUGCCAGCGCAGCCAUUGAUGAUCGAGUCGAAGAUCUCCUGUCUCGAAUGGCCAUUGAGGAAAAGACUUCGCAAUUGGUCCAGGGAGACAUUCGCAACUGGCUCAACAUAACCGAUGGCAGCUUCAACGAGACUGGGCUGGAAUGGAGCACGCAGUAUCGCGGGGGAUCUUAUUAUGUCGGAGUCCCGAUCGCAUGGGAGCUCCUCAGCGACAACAUCAAGAUUGGUCAAGACUACGCAAUGGAGAACACGCGCCUGGGUAUACCUCCGUGGGUGCAGAGCGAGGGUAUCCACGGAUUCCUCAUUCCCAACGGCACCAUUUUCAACUCGCCCAUUGCUUAUGCUUGCUCAUUCAAUCCGGACCUGGUGGAAAAAAUGGCUGCGGCUAUUGCCCAAGAGUCGCUGGCUUUGGGUGUGAACAAUAUCUUUGCGCCUCUAGCAGAUCUCGCACGUGAGCUGCGCUUUGGUCGAGUUGAAGAGACUUUUGGAGAGGAUCCAUACCUAACCGGCGAGAUUGCGUACUCCUACGUCAAGGGCCUUCAGUCAGGUGGAGUUGCCGCCAUGGUCAAACACUUCGCGGCUUUCGCAACCCCUGAGCAGGGCAUCAACACUGGCCCAGUGCACGGCGGAAAGCGUGAGCUCUUGACGACAUACCUCCCCUCGUUCAAGCGAGCCAUCAUUGACGGAGAGGCUCUGUCCAUCAUGGCUGCUUACCAUGCGUACGACGGAAUACCAGCCGUUGCCGACAAAUAUAUUCUCUCUGACAUCCUGAGAGAUCAGUGGGGCUAUGAAUACUUUGUCAUGAGCGAUGCUGGCGGCACAGAUCGUCUCUGCGGCGCAUUUUUCAUGUGCGAAAGCAGUCCAAUCGACUCCGAGGCCGUGGUCAACUUUGCCCUUCCUGCGGGAACCGAUGUAGAGAUGGGUGGUGGAUCCUACAACUACGAGUUGAUUCCAGACAUGGUUGCGUCUGGCAAGCUAUCUGCCGAUAUUGUUGACGAAGCCGUCCGAAGAACGCUGAGGGCCAAGUUCAAGAUUGGCCUCUUUGAAAAGCCAUAUGCCGGCGUACCAGCCGACGAGCAAGCAAACUACAUCAACACACCCGAGAUUAUUGCCAUUGCCAGGCAGCUCGACGCAGAGUCCAUUGUGCUCCUGGAGAACCAUGAGAGCGUGUUGCCGCUUAGCAAGGACGCCAACAUUGCCGUCAUCGGACCCAUGGCCCACGGCUACAUGAACUAUGGUGACUACGUACCCUACCAAGCAUCUCUGAGGGGAGUUACGCCGUAUGAUGGCAUCAAGGCUGCUAGCACAGGAACCGUCACCUUUACGCAGGGCGCCGAGCGCUGGUCCUCGGACGAGUCGGGCUUUGCUGAAGCUGUUGCAGCUGCAGAAGCAGCUGACGUUGCUGUUGUCGUCGUUGGCACCUGGUCGCGAGACCAAAAUGAGCUCUGGGCCGGCCUCAACGCCACUACUGGCGAACACAUUGAUGUCAAUGACUUGCACCUCGUAGGAGCCAUGCCUGGACUCGUACGGGCGAUAAUCGACACUGGCAAGCCGACAGUGGUUGUUUUCAGCUCGGGCAAGCCCAUUACGGAGCCGUGGAUCAGCAAUGACGCCGCCGCGCUGGUGCAACAAUUCUACCCAUCGGAACAGGGAGGAAAUGCCCUCGCCGACGUGCUGUUUGGCGACAUCAACCCGUCUGGCAAGCUCUCUGUUGGCUUCCCCGUCGACAUUGGCAGCGCCCCGGCCUACUACGAUUACCUCAACUCUGGUCGUGCCUGGCCCAAUCCCGGCGAGGUGUAUCCCAACGGUACCAUGAAGUUUGGUAGCAACUAUGCUCUGUCGACUCCCAUUCCUCUGUACGAGUUCGGCUACGGUCUUUCAUACAGCACAUUCGAGUACACCAACCUCGCCUUGUCGCAGUCCACAGCAUCCUCGAGCGAUACCAUAACAGUAUCACUCGACGUGACCAAUGCGUCAGACCGCGACGGAUCCGAGGUGGUGCAGUUGUACGUCAAGGACCUGAUUGCGUCCGUCGUGGUGCCCAACAUUCAGCUCAAGGGUUUCGCCAAGGUGGCCGUUGCUGCCGGCGAGACCGAGACGGUCGAGCUUGAGCUCAAGGUUGGCGACCUCGGGCUGUGGGAUCUCAACUACAAUUACGUCGUCGAGCCUGGCAAUUUCACCGUCUUGGUGGGCAGCUCGAGCGCCGACCUCAGGGCCAAUGCUACGCUUACCGUGGCAUAA